GCUCAAACUUCCUCCAGAGAAAGAUUUGAUCACAGUCAAAUGAGUGGUAAGAACGUGCCUGUCUUUGUUUGCUGAAAUGACACCAGGUUCAAACCAAGCAGCCUCAGCCUCCAGGAAAGGGUACGGAAGAGAGUCCUGUUCGCACUGUGCGACUUACAGAUCUGAAAACAUCUCUGCAGAGUCAGCGAUAAAAGAACGGAAAAAUUCAAAAUCCCCCUCUUUAACGAAGCGCCUGAAAUUUUUAUUCAAGGGUCGACUUACAAUGGAGCCAAUAAUCGAUGAACAACACACACAACAAGAGUCUUAUGGUGAACUGACUCAGAGGAGCCUCAGAGAACUGACGUCCAAGUGGUUCGUGGACACCCAAACUCCCUACAUUGUUCAAAAUGGCUUCUUCCCCAGUUGGUUCUGGGGUUUUGUGUCUCGAUACGAUGCAGAAGAUAUCCUCCAACAUGAGGUACAGGGCUGUUUCCUGGUACGCCUCAGUGAGAGAGUCGUUGGGUACAUACUGUCCUACAAGGGCAGGGAUCGCUGCCGACAUUUUGUGAUCAACCAACGUGAAAAUGGACGGUUUGUGAUCAGCGGAGCGAGUGAAAGACACAACACUGUACCUGAUGUGGUAAAUUACUACAAGACACACCCGGUCCAGCCGUUUGGAGAGUAUCUGACAGCAUCAUGUGCUGAGGAACAAACUGAAGAGUUGUACGAUACCAUCACUGUCCCAGAACGAAGAAGACUGGCGACAAACAGACCCGUGAAGAAUAGACAGAAACAGCAGAACGUCUUUGUUCAGACCCAUACACAGAUGCAAAAAUCUAACGCCAAGGAAAUUCCACUAUUGCCUCAGAGAAGCAGAGACCUUCAGAGUAACUUCCUGAACGACAAGGACAGCAUCUUGUAUGCACAGCUCCGGAAGAAAUCGCCGAGGGAAAUGCCUAAAUUUCAAACCAACUCUCUGUAUCAGUUACCUGAUGAAAAGGCCAAGAGUUCAUGUACGUGGGAUCAGAGUCUGAGUCACUGUAGAUCUCCAUCCAAAUCCGACACCCUCUACUCGGAGCUCAGUAGAAGCAGGUCCCCCAUGAAGUUCAGCUCUGAAGGGGAGCAACAUUACAGACUGACUGAACCUCCUGCUGUUCCACCAAGACUCUCCUCUAUGCCCAGAAAACCAGUUGAGAGCUUUGUCCCACGCUUGGAGAAAACAGACCCAUGCCUACCACCGAGCGGCCUGGGCUCCGUGGAAGAAAGUCACAUUUAUCACCUCGCAUGCAGCCCAUGUAAUGCAGUGACAGAGGGUAGUUCACUGGCGAUGGAGGAGCACAGUGAUUCAGUGUAUGAUGACCUUGUCCACGAAGCUCCUUUCAGCCGCUUCCCAAAAGACAAAACCUACGAGAUGAUGCCAGGAUUCAAGGACGCAGUUCCUGAAUUCUUCAGCAACGUUUAUGAAUCCUUGGACAAUGUGUGACCCAAGUCUUUUAAGAAUGACAAAAAGAAGUGGUCGCUCCCUGAGGCCAGGAGGAAAUGGUAA